CUCCGUCUCUCAGUGAUCUUCAGCUCAGCUCGGAGUCAUGAGGAGGCGCUGCAGGCUGUGAAGAUGGCCAACGCCGUGGCUUCAUACGACCAGCUGGCCCACCAGGUGGAGGCGCUCCGAAAGGAGAACUCCCACCUGAGGAGGGAGCUGGAGGACAACUCCAACCACCUGUCCAAACUGGAGACAGAGACCACCGGCAUGAAGGAGGUGCUGAGGCAGCUGCAGAGUAAACUGGAGCAGGAGGCGGGAACUCUGGCCUCGUCUGGGAGGAGCGACGUGCUGCACCAGCUCAAAGAGCUCCACAUGGACCUCACCAACUACUACGAACUCAAGCACCAACCUCACAACCUGCGGCUGCUGACGGGCGGCCUGGGAGGGGCGGGGCUAACAGGUGUAGGAGGGGCGGGGCCAUCUGGCAUCGGAGGGGCGGAGCUUGAGGACCGUCUGGCUCUACCUCCGUCCUCCUGCUCCUCCUCCUCUGCGGCGGUGAGCAGAGCCAGAAGUCCGCUCAGAGCGCCGUCCCGUCUGAGUGCGGCGUCCGGUGGGGAAUCUGCUGCCGUGAUGCUGCAGCAUCACUUCCUGGACGGAGCCCCGCCCAAAACAGCGGUGAUCAGUGGAGCAGAUGGACGAAUGAGCGACCACCACCUGGAGGAGCUGUACAAGGAGAGGAACCUCCUGCUGGGGGAGAUCGACCGCGAGGAGCGGGAGCGCUGCUGGUACUUCAGCCAGCUGGAGGCGCUGUCGCAGAGACUGGCUCAGCUGCCUCGCAUCGACACGUUUUCUCUGCAGAUGGAUCUGAUCCGGCAGCAGCUGGAGUUUGAGGCUCAGCAGGUUCGCUCUGUGAUGGAGGAGCGUUUCGGCACCAGUGACGAGAUGGUGCAGAGGACGCAGAUGCGUGUUGCUCGUCUGGAGCAGCUGGAGAAGGAGCUGCAGGAGGCCCGAGGGAGUCAAGAGACCCAGCUGCAGCUGUCUGGAGCAGAGAAGCCUCCUGCUGGAGAACCAGAGAACAGCUCAUCAUCAGCUGCUGCUGCAGGAAGUGAAGCUGCUGCAGACGGAGGCAGCAAGGUGGAGAUGGUGUUCUGGCUGCUCUCCAUGCUCGCUAACAGAGACAAGGAGGAGAUGUCUCGGACUCUGCUGGCUCUGUCCAGCUCUCAGGACAGCUGCAUCGCCAUGAGGAAGUCCGGCUGCGUCCCCCUGCUGGUCCAGAUCCUGCACGAAGCUCCGGGCGGUGGAGGCGGCGGUGGAUCUGGAGAAACAGCGACGGGUGGGACGACGGCGACGACGGGCUGCAGCCGAGAGGCCAAAUCCAGAGCCAGCGCCGCCCUCCACAACAUCAUUUACUCCCAGCAGGAUGAGGGCCAAGCCCGCCGCGAGAUGAGGGUGCUGCACAUGCUGGAGCAGAUCCGGACUUACUGCGACAGCGGCUGGGACUGGAUCGAGAGCCAUGCAGGGACACCGUCACCCGGAGGAUCCAAAACCACCGAUAUUCCUGAGCCUGUGGACCCUCAGAUCUGUCAGGCCAUGUGUGCCAUCAUGAAGCUCUCCUUCGAGGAAGAGUACCGACGAGCCAUGAACGAAUUAGGCGGUCUGCAGGUGGUGGCGGAUCUGAUCCACCUGGACCAGGACAUGUACGGCAUGCAGAACGACCCCAUCAACAUGGCUCUGCGCCGCUAUGCAGGGAUGGCUGUGACCAACCUCACCUUUGGAGACGUCGUCAACAAGGCCACUCUGUGCUCGAAGAAGAGCUGUCUGCAGGCGCUGGUGGCCCAGCUGGCCUCGGACAGCGAGGAGCUCCAUCAGGUGGUGUCCAGCAUCCUGAGGAAUCUGUCCUGGAGGGCCGACAUCAGCAGCAAGAGAGUCCUCCGAGACAUCGGCUGUGUGUCCGCGCUGAUGACCUGCGCCCUGCAAGCCACCAAGGAGUCAACUUUGAAGAGUCUCCUGAGUGCUCUGUGGAAUCUGUCUGCUCACAGCAUCGACAACAAGGUGGCGAUCUGUUCAGUGGACGGGGCUCUGGGCUUCCUGGUCAGCACACUGACAUACCGAUGUCAAACAAACUCGCUUGCCAUCAUUGAGAGUGGGGGAGGAAUCCUUCGAAACGUGUCAAGUCUGGUCGCCACACGUGAAGACUACAGGCAAAUCCUCAGGGACCACAACUGCCUCCAAACUCUGCUGCAGCACCUGCGCUCCCACAGCCUGACUAUAGUCAGCAACGCCUGCGGGACUCUCUGGAACCUUUCUGCCCGAAGUCCCAAAGACCAGGAGCUGCUUUGGGACCUCGGGGCAGUUAGCAUGCUGCGCAACCUCAUCCACUCCAAGCACAAGAUGAUAGCCAUGGGCAGCGCUGCAGCUUUAAGGAACCUCCUCACCAAUCGACCCCUGAAAUACAAGGACGCUGCUGUCGUAUCCCCUGGCUCCUGCAUGCCUUCACUCUACAUGAGAAAACAGAAGGCUCUGGAGGCGGAGCUGGACGCCAAACACUUAGCAGAGACUUUUGACACCCUUGAGAAACAGAGCCCUAAGCACCUGACCCUCAACAAGCCACUCCGGCACAUUGAGAGUCUGGCAAAGGAUUAUGCAUCCGAUUCUGGUUGUUUUGAUGAUGACGAGGCACCCAAUGUCUCCAGUAGCCUCGACACUGGGAGCUUCUCGAUGCUGUCCAUGUUCCUCACCAACUCUAACUUCCUGCAAAACCAACCACGUAAGAGGGAUAGUGAGCCUGAGAGAGACAUAGACAUGCCUCAGACGGUCGAGAAGAGGCAUGCACCUCCUGACGAUGUGGUGUCCGCCGCUGCAGAGAAGUUAGCCAAAAAGAUCACCAACACCGUUGCCAAGAUCGACAGGUUAGUGGAGGACAUCACCAUGCACACGUCCUCGGAAGACAGUUUUAGCCUCAGCUCUGAGGACCACCUGGCAGACUGGCCUUACGGACUGGAUGAACUCAACGAAGCCCGAGCGAAAUCAUGUUCCCCCUGCCGUCUCUCCGAUACAAGCAGCUUGGCCCACAGAGAACGCCUCAGUCGAGCCCAUGCACUCUUGCGCCUCAAAACUGCCCAUACAAGUGUGUCGACAGACAGCCUAAACAGCGGGAGCACCAGUGAUGGAUACUGCGGCAGCAAAGACCAGGUGCGACCUGCUCCAACAGCUCUAAUGAUGCAACAACGACCCAACCAGCUCGAUCUCAAAGUGGCUCAUCAGGACUACCUUAAUGUUGGACCUGCUGUCCUGAAUGAGACUAACCAGCAAGAUAUUCCCGAAAGAGAUUCUGUGGACAACAAAGAUGUGAGAAAUCUAGAGCUGAGCAACACAGACGCAGAAAAGAACCAGGAUCAACCUGUGCAAACGCCUGUUAGCGCAUCGACUAAAGUCUCCUCUGAUGUCAGCAUGACCUCAAUUAAACUGUCCCCCUCUUAUCAACAGGUCCCACUCAUUCAGAGUGUGGCUAAAUUUGGUGUUGCAAAGACAGCAAUCAAUGUCCACGCUGCCCAAGCGAUGAGGAGGCAAGCGUGGGUACCUACUGUGAUGACUGGGGGCAGUAUUACAAAAUUUUCUCCAAUGACUUCCACUAGAAGCCCAACCAUUGGGCAGAUGGAGACGGUCCAGAAAUACUCGGUGGAGAACACCCCAAUUUGCUUCUCCCGCUGCAGUUCACUGUCCUCCCUCUCUUCUGGUGAUGGAGCGCUGGACGGACAAAGUGAGAACGAGCUGGAGAGCGACUCUUCAUUAGAAAUAAUUGAAGUGGAGGAUGGAGAAGUGGUAAAGAGGGCCGAAGAAGAUGAAACUUUGGAGGAUCUGAGUGACAGCCAGCUGCUGAUGACUGACUCAAAAACCUUCCCCAGCAAAGAGACCAAUCCCAUUGAGAUUCCUGGUCCUGCCAAAAGGGAAAAGGUGUUCCUCAGAGGGGCUUCACCAGCCAUACUUGAAGACAGAUCUCCAUCGAGUUCAUCUGAGAACUACAUCCAUGAGACGCCCCUGGUGAUGAGUCGCUGUAGCUCAGUCAGUUCAUUGGGCAGCUUUGAGUCACCAUCUAUUGCCAGCUCAAUCCAAAGUGAUCCAUGCAGUGAGAUGAUUGAUGGAACAAUAAGCCCAAGUGAUCUCCCUGACAGUCCAGGGCAAACCAUGCCUCCAAGUCGGAGUAAAACCCCAUGCUGUGUUGAGUCAAAUGGACCAGAGACGCAAACCACAGGAAUUGCAGGUCAGUGGGAAAGCAGCCUGCGAAAGUUCAUGGAGAUUGCAGACUGCAAAGAGAGGUUUAACCUUCCCCCUGACCUGGACACAAUGAUCUACUUCACUGUGGAAAAGCCCACUGAGAACUUCUCCUGCGCUUCGAGCCUAAGUGCUCUUCCUCUUCACGAACACUACAUACAAAAAGAUGUGGAGCUGAAAUUAACCCCCCUACUUCAGCAAAAAGACAAAAAUCUUCCUUUCCCUGACGAGGAUGAGCAAGGAUUCGACCAUGGUGAGAGAUACAGCGAGGGCAACUCAGACGAUGACAUUGAAAUCUUAAAGGAAUGCAUCAACUCAGCAAUGCCCUCCAAGUUCAGAAAAGUAAGACCUUCCCUGAUGACCACCAUCCCUCCACAUAUUCUUAAUUCCCAGAUCCGAAAACCAAUACAUCUUCCCGUGUACAUGAUGCUUCCAAAUGGCAAAACCCAAAUGUGUCCUGGGAGGAGAAUUGUCAUCCCACAAAAGGAUUCGAAAUGUGAUGAUUCAUCCUUCACAGAUUCUGCGGAGGGUACACCUGUCAACUUCUCCAGCACAACAUCGCUAAGUGACGAAACACUUCAGUAUCCGGUGAAGGACAGGGGGGCGAAAGACUGCACAGCUAAAGGCAUAAACAAACAGGAAGUUCUCGACGAUGAGGCAAAGAGGAUUGAAGACUUGAGGAUAUUCUCACACUUCCACAAACCCAACAGGAUGAACUGCCCACCUGAGGUACAAAUGAACCGAACAACCAAACACAUCAUUCCCACUCAGAGGGUGCUGAUGCAGAGCAAAGAGGUCACGGACAGAGUGGCAAACCAAAGAAAUCGUGAUCAGUCUCCCAACCAACAGAAGAAAAGGCAAGGUCAAGGCCUGGUCAGGAAACUGGAACUGCCCGUCAUAAAGCAGAACACAGAAGGUAACCUUAAUGUGGGGUCACAAAAAGGGAAAACAAUCUUUCGUCAAAUGACACAUUCUUCAGAGGACAGUAACAGCUUCUAUGGUGAUGAAAAUGAAAAAGAUGACGGAAUGAAACGGACAAGCAGGAAACAGAUCAGGGAAGCAAGUAGGAAUACUUUAUCCCGGAGCAUGACAAAUAUUGGCAGGAUUGAUAAUUCCCAAGCAAAGCCCAGAGGAUUUCACCGGAUAAAACAGAAUCUGAUUAAGGAUGAAUCUCUGGCAUGUUACUCCCUCAGCUCCUCGCUUAGCUCACUGAGUGACGCCGAGUUUGAGGAUCAUAAAUCAAAAGCCCAGCAAAUAUGGUACAAAAACAGACACAACAAAACACUGAAUAUGAUGAAACAGACGAAGCCAAUGAACAUUCACAGUCAGUACGAAGAGCCAAGCUCGCCAAGCUCUGUCAGCAUGGAUUCGGAGGAUGACCUCCUUCAGAAAUGCAUAACAUCUGCCAUGCCCAAGCAGAGGAGGAAACUCGCUGCAAGGAAGAAGAAAGCAGAAAAUACCCAAAAACAAAAGACGUCCGAUGGGUGGAACAUGGAUGAAGAAAUGGAUAGUGAUGAUACAGCAUGGGAUAAAGAUUCAGACCUCAACAGUGUUGAAUGGAGAGCCAUACAAGAAGGUGCCAACUGUGUUGUCACUGGGCUGCAGGCAUCAAAGUCUCAGGAGCCAUCCUCCGAAGAGACUGAAUCAGUCCUGUCAUUCAUGUCGACAUCCAGCUUUACACCCAAAGAAAGGAAGUUUGCGAAAGACAAAAAGGCAAAUAAACCCCUCGACUUUGCACAGCGCAAGCCCGUUCCAAAUUUACCAGUCGUUUUCAGAGGCAGGACAGUGAUCUAUACACCGAAAAAAGAGACUGCGCCAUCACAAAGACCUCCUCCCAGAAAAGCACCAACCAAGACAGAUGCUCCAAAGAACCCAAACCUCGCUCAGCAUAGAUCAAAGAGCCUUCACCGAUUAGGUCGCCCCCAGGACAUUGAACUGUCUUUGCCAAAGAGGAGCUCUACUCCACCUCCAAGGAUACCAAAAAGUUCAUCCUCUGGAUCCUCACAAAGUUCUACACCAUCUAAACAGUCCCAGAAGAAGAUAACAUCCCCAAUUCAGACAUAUAAAUCCGUCCAGAAGAAGACUGCCUCACCAGCGAGUAGCCCGCCAGCUAGUAGCCCCCCUGAAAGAAAGGGACGUUCCCCUGUUGUGAAUCAAAAUGAAAAAUCCCCACCACCCAAAACCCAAAAGUCACCGGUUCGAAUCCCUUUCAUGCAAAAUUCAGUCAAACCCAGACCUCUGUCACCUCUGGUAACUAACCAAGCAAGCACCAAACAAACCAAUCAGGUCAAUGGGAAAAGGGUGGCCCCUGGCAAUCGAUAUGAACUGGUCAGGAUGACUUCUGUCCAUUCAAGUGGCGGUGAGUCUGAGCGCAAUGGAUUCUUGAGACAGCUGACUUUCAUUAAGGAAUCACAGACCGCACUGAGACGUGAUGGCUCUGCACGCAACAUGCCUGGAUCUCAAAAUGGAUCCCCCCGCAGAGCAGUUCCUGGAGCUUCGGCUGUCUUCCUUUGCUCCUCACGCUGUCAGGAACUAAAGGCAGCUGUGCAAACCCCAAGAAGGGUCCAAGUAAAAGCUCCAAGACAAGCACAGCAAGUCCAGAGGCCAGACCAAGGCCUUCAAAAGCAGUCUACGACCCUCUCUAGAGCAACCUCCAGUGAAAGGGACCUAUCUGCAAGGCGCCCAGCCAGGAGGACCAGCUCUGAAAGCCCCUGCAGGGUUGCUCAGCGAAACGGCCCAGGCAGAGUCUCCGGAGCCAGGCAGCAACAAGACAAAGAUACCUUUAAACGUCACGCCUCAUCACCAAGCAUUAACAUACUGAGCCGAGUGACCAGCCGCUCUUCCCUCCGUUCAUCAUCAUCUGAUUCGAGUGGAAGAGCGAAAAGCGAGGACGACACUAAAAAGAAAGGGCAGAGAUCUGCAUCCCGGCUGAAUGACAGAGUCACCUGGAGGAGGAUCAGGGAUGAAGACGUACCUCAGAUCUUGAAAAGCACUCUGCCAGCCAAUGCACUACCUCUGGUGCCUUCUCCUGAUGGGGAAAAGCCAAAGCUACCAGCUCUUCCAGGAAAACUGCCAACUAUUCUACUUGCCUCUCGCAAGACGAGUGAUGCAACAGUCCAGACAGAAGACUUUCCGAACAACAAGACCAACUCGAGCACUUCCCCAGCGGUCGAAACGGCUCCAGUGAUCUCAGAGGAAGUGGCGCGAUUAGCACUCCUCAGAAAGAUCAGCGCCGCCUCUGGGACUAACCUUCACGAUGGAGAUUCAGACGCCUCCCUGAGGAGCCACAGCACCGUCUCCACAGGAACAUCAGACAACCAUGUGGGUGGAGUCGUCCAUUUCCGUCAAGGAUCCCCCAGCAAGGCUGCCCGAAUCACUCCAUUUAACUACACCCCCAGCCCUAUUUCCUGCUGCCCGCAAGACACACAGAGCCAAGCAGACACAAUCGAUGAGAAGCCAGGGGAAAAGAGUGAGUCAUAGGACGUUAAGUGGAUUAGUGGACGACAUUAAUGACUCUACUGUGUUCCUGAAUGAACCUCAGCACUCAGGUGGACGGAGUGGGAGUGUGCUGGCCCUUUACCUCGGGUACUGACCCUUUACUUUCCCCAUAUACUGCAUUCAAGUUUUUCUCUUUCUUUCUUGAACAAUUGAUUACAGCUUCCAUCUACCAUUCAUACAGGAUUGGAUGUAUGCAUUGAGACAGAACUGAUCAUCAAUAACUUUUAGAGAUGCACUUCAGAGAAAACAUUAAACGGAAGUGCAUCAUUUUGUACUUUUUUUGUAUUUGUAGAAUAAUCAUUGCCUGGUAGAAAUGUAGUGAAAACAUGAAGACAAUGAUUUCAGCACAUAAAUCAUCAUCGGUCUCCUGGACUGACUCGAUAAAUGAACAAUAUUAUGCAAACUUUUGAAGGAUUACUCAGCUGGACUUUUAACCUGAAGAGGUACAAACUGCGGCAGACUGUUGACAGACUCACACAAAGGACGCAAACACACUAACAUGUAAAGUAUUUUUUACAUACAGUACUUCAUCGCUUUGGGCCUUUGCCUCACCACUCACUGAAUACGAUACACUGUUAGCCUUUCCCGAUACGUGCAGAGGCCAACAGGGUUGGGGGCAACAUUUGUGAUAAAACUUCUCUUCAAACUAAUAGUUCAAUCACAUUAAUUCCAUUUGUCUUGAUCUUUCAACACUCUACAGACAAACACCAAGAUUAUGUUGUGAUCUUGGACCGAGAUUUCUAUAUGUUAACAAGAUGAAAAUUUAAAAACGAUUAACUGAUAAAAAAAAUAAGUUAGUUUGAAACAAUGUUGUAUUGUGAGUGCACAAAAAAUUAAUUUGAGGGAACUUAUAAACUACUAAUUUGAGGGUUUGGAGUUGGGGAUAUGGAUAAAAUUAUAGAAAUCAUUUUGACGUUAUGAAAUUGAUGUAAAUUGUGAUAAAAGUACAUUUUAUGUUAAAAAAUAACAAUUGAAAAGCUCAUUGUGGAAAAAAGUAAACGGACAAAAAAAUGUCAGUUUCUUGCAUAUUUAGAUAAUUGGAUAUCUGACAAUUUAAGGCAGUCAUACUGAACUUACAGCCAAAGCUGGCCUCUGAUAGGGCUUGUUGAUCAAAAAAUGUGCCUGUGGAGGAUCCCACACACCCCCGACAGAGGUCCUUGCUAAGACCCUAAUGUCUUAAAAUCCUAGAAACAUCCUAAAAUCAGAGGAACGUCCCAAAAUUCAAGAAACGUCCUAAGAUCCUAGAAAAAUCCUAAAAUCCAAGAAAUGGCCUAAAAUCCUGCAAACAUCCUAAAAUCUG